AUGAAAAGAAACAAACAGGUUCAGAAAUGGUGCUUUGUAUGGCUACUGAAGCUGCGGAGGAAUGGAGACUUGCUAACGCCUCCUGCGCCAUCGUUCGGAAAUAGGUCCAGUAAGAGUUGGCAGCCUCCAACUUCUGGAGUCCUCAAGUGUAAUAUUGGUGUGUCAUGGAACGAAACUCAGUCUAUUAGUGGUGCGUUUUGGCUUCUGCGUGACCACAAUGGAGCCGUUCUCUUGCACAGCCGUCGUGCUUUUUCUGGGGUUUCCUCUCACAUGGAAGCUGAGUUAUUGGGUUUUCAUUUUGCAGUUGAAAGUAUGAGAUCUACUCAUCAGUGGAAUAUUAUCUUUGAAUCUCAUUACACCCUUGCCCGUGACGCGCUACUCAACCCUGCAAUGUUUCCAAGAUUGCGCUUGGUUAUAAACGAGAUUUUAUCAUUCCUUCCUUGUCUACAAACCUGGCAAAUGACUUAUGCGUGUGAAGCACGGAAUCUUCCUGCAACAAAGAUAGCUGAAAGUGUUGUUCGUGACAGGAGGUUCUCUUCUUAUAUUGAGAGAGGUGGACCUAGUUGGUUACUAGCAAAUUUGAAUGCUGAAGCGGUGAGUAACUGA